AUGGAUAAUAUCAGUACUCCUGGUAGUCAACCACCCAAUUCUUCAAUUGUGGAACCUACAGUGGUGGAAGCCCAAACUGUUGAAGGUAAUAAUCAACAUAAUGAGCAACCUCCUGCUGCAGUUUCUGGGAAGAAGAGGAAAGAGGUUGAUUCCAGAUCCAGAGUAUGGGAUCAUUUUGUGAGAAUAAAAGACAGUAACAAUAUUACUAUACAAGUAAGGUGUGUUUAUUGUGCAAAAGUGUACAAGUGUGAGUCCAAGAAACAUGGUACAUCUUCCUUAAUAGCCCAUAUGCUAAGCUGUUUGAAAAACCCUCACUCCAAGGAUACUAGGCAGUCCCUUUUAACCUUUCAAGCAGUUAAUACCUCUGAUUCAUCUGAAACUGCUGUGGGAGAAAUUGGGGCCUGGGUAUUUAACCAAUACUUAAUUAGGAGGGCCUUGGUUAAAAUGAUAAUCAUAGAUGAACUGCCUUUUAGAUUUGUUGAGGGUUUAGGUUUCAGGAUGUUCAUUGCUGUUGCAUGCCCUAGGUUUAUAGUUCCAUCUAGAUGGACUAUAAGUAGGGACAUCCUAGUGGUCUAUGAAGAGGAGAGACUGAAAUUGAAGUCCUUUUUAAGUGAAACCAGUCAUAGGGUUAGCAUUACCACUGAUUCUUGGACAUCAAUCCAAAGGAUUAACUACAUGGUUGUGACUGCCCAUUUCAUUGAUUCAGAGUGGAAGCUGCAUAAAAAAAUCAUAGCCUUGUCCCUGUUACCUCUCACAAAGGGGAGUAUCUUGCAAAAGCCCUAG